AUGUUGAAAGGAAUCAAGAAUCGGAAUGGGGGUUGGGGUUUCCCGGAUGACCCCGCAUGCAGCAAGUUCGACGAGGUUUACAACUCGGACGAGUUUCGCAUGUACGCUUACAAAGUGAAGCGCUGUCCCCGCACGCGGAGCCACGACUGGACUGAGUGCCCCUAUGCCCACCGUGGCGAGAAGGCCCAGCGUCGCGAUCCCCGCAAGGUCCGCUACGCGGCGGUCGCCUGUCCUGCCUUCCGUGGCGGCAGCUGCCUCAAGGGCAGUUCUUGCGAGUUCGCCCACGGCGUCUUCGAGUACUGGCUCCACCCUGCCCGGUACCGCACGCGCGCGUGCAAUGGCGGCGAGUUCUGCCAGCGCAAGGUCUGCUUCUUCGCCCACUCGCCCGACGAACUCCGCCCCGAGACCAAGUACAAGUGCAGCAGGAGCGCACACCGGCCGCGAGUGGUGGAGAUUCACGGAUCGCGGAGGGUCGCGCCGGCGAGGACGCCCGGGUCGCCGAGAGGAAACGUGGGGUCUGACGUCGAAGUGGGUGAUAAAGUGUCGGAUCUCUUGAAGAGCCCGAGGAGAUUGAGCGUAAGAGGCAGCGAUGACGACGAUGGCGAUGGCGAAUUGGAAAAAGUGAAAGCCGGAUGGGAUGCCCCGGUUAUGGAUUUAUCACAUCUUGGUUGGAUCUCCGAUUUAGUGGAUAAUUAG